AUAGGAUAGCGUCCUCCAUUUCCCCCCUUCUUCCAAGCUUUUUUUUCUCUGCGUGCGGGCAAGAGGUGUAAAACAAUGGCGUCCACCUCCUCCACACUCUUCUCCCUCUGCUCUUCCUUCAGUGCUCACUGCAAAAUUUCCCCUACACCUUCCCUCUCAAAGCCACUCUCUUUCACCAAGCCCAAUUUCGCGUCUUCCUUCAAGCUUCCUCAAAAGCUCGCCUUCUCGUCCUCGCCUUCCCUUCCCCAAUUCGCCACUGUGCCCAAAGUCUCCGAAACCGACGCCCCCGCCGUCGCCGAGCCCGAACUUGAAUCUCCCGAGCCCGCAGCGACCCAGGUUGUGGAAGUUGCUAAGGAAGAAGAGCCCAAACGCGAGGAGAUUUUUGCUGUUGUUAUGGUUGGUGGGAGGCAGUAUAUUGUGAUCCCGGGGAGGUUCCUCUAUGUUCAGAGGUUGAAAGGCACAAAUGUUAAUGAUAAGAUCGCCCUAAACAAGGUGCUGCUUGUGGGAACCAAGACGACUACCUACAUUGGGAAACCUGUGGUGACCAAUGCUGUUGUUCAUGCUGUAGUUGAAGAGCAGGGAUUGAAUAAGAAAGUUAUCGUCUUCAAGUAUAAGAAGAAGAAGAACUACAGGAGAAACAUUGGACACAGACAGCCAAAUACAAGAAUAAGAAUUACAGGCAUUACGGGCUUCGAAAACUACCCGGCUGUCACCCUCGACUCCAUUGCAAAAUCAAGUUGAUAAAGACCAGUAGCUGGAAGUUCAACAUGUCAAAGCAUUCUUUGAAGUUCUAUUUCCCUCUUUUCCCCCUCCCCUGUUGUAUUACAACUCCUCUAUAGGGUAGUGCUGAAGCUCAAUCUGCGAAUUACUGUUGUUUCAACAACAGACUGGAUCCGGGUUCUUAGAGUUGUUUCGAAGCCGAACGACUGCUGCAAAUUAUGCUUCUAUGUAUGAUUUUUUUGUAAGCAAUAGCUGCUGCUAGGCCCAUAGCUCAGUUUUCUGCUGUCCACUGUUUCAAUUCAGCAGUAGACUAGAAAUUUGGGUUUUAUAAUCUUCUUUUCGAAUACCCUAUUUACUCCUUAUGCAAAUUGCAAAUCUAACUUCUAACCUUCUGUGUAAUGCUAGUAUGCUACUCAAACCAUAGCACUGUACCAACAAGUAAAUUUAAUCUCCAUUCUUUCAUGAA